GCAGAUGUGGAAAUGUCAAAACACAAACCGAAAACGUAAAAACUGCGAUAACAACGACGACAUAAAAUGUAAAGUAAAGCAAAGAAUUUGUGAGUGAACGAUUGUACUUUUCUUUAAUUAUUGAAAUAAUAUCAUAAGCAAAGUGCAAAAAUUAAAUAAAAAUACUAACAGUGAAUAUAUGGAUGAAACAAAAGAAUUCUCUAAACCAUAGCUGGUGCAGUUUUCGGUGAUAAAUUACAUCCAUAUGCAUAGAACUUAAAAUGUGUAUAAAAUAUUGUAAACAAUACUGCAUUAUUGAUACAAAAACAUGCAAUUAAAAAUGCGAAAACGUGUUUAAGCUUUAAAUGCAAAAAACGUGCGUAUAAAAAAUUUGCUAAGCAGAAUUCUGUUAUCGCAUUGAAUAAUUAAAACAAAUCUAUUUGAAAUAAAAAAACAAAAUAUUAUCUGCCAUUAAACUUUAAAUAAGUUUAUUUUCGCGAAACUUCACCAUAAAUUAUUUACUUUAUAAAAGGAAAAGAGAAUGACGAAUGUACAAAGCAAGUUUCUGACUCCAGUGCUAUGCACCUGCCAAGAAUUUCAACAUCCAUGGACCAAACAUUGUGCAAAUGCUUCAGCUGGUCUGCUACUAGCAUCAAUACCAUAUUGCCUGCGCGUAUAUACAAUGGUAUAUAUGAUAUCGCUUAUGAUGCGACAUCGCAUACCUAAAAGAGACGAUCUCAUUAAGACAAUACGUGGGAUCUUGCAAUCCACAGCCUUUCUAUGUACAAAUGCCUUUUCGUUCAUAUUAUAUAAUUGCUUUAUACGUUAUCUGCUGGGUGGCUAUUACUGGCUUACAGUGUCAUUUGUGCCCGCAUUUUUCGCCAGCUUUACAGCACUUUUAGUUGAACGUCCAGAGCGGCGCUCUUUGCUCACGUUAUACGUUGCAAAUGUAGCGACAGAGACUAUUUGGAAUAUGGCUGAGUCACGUGGUCUCGUGCGCUCUAUACCACAUGGACAAACACUUAUAUUCGGUGUUAGCAUAUCAAUAUUACUUUAUCUAUAUCGAUUAGGUUUACAUAAAACCAGUUGUAAAGACUCAAUAUUUAAUAUAUUACGUAUAUUUGUGGGAAAACCAGAAGAGGGACCAAGAACAAUAGCAGAAGCUAAGCCUGAAACAAGUACAACGCAAUCGAGAACACCGCUCAAUUUAACUACAAUAAAUGGCAUAGUACAAGCUUAUGGACGUUUUAUUGAUACGCUUAAGAGUAAACACAAAUCAUGUCCACAUAAGGAGAGCUGUAUCAGUUAUGCUGCAUUCGGUGGACUGAAGCCUUUCAUUGGUGGUAUUAGCUUACAAGUAGCCCUAAAACUUAUAAUGAAUAUCAAGAAAAUUGUACAAAACAGAAUGAACUGGCGUAAGAGUAUAUUUAAUCGGGAGACGCUGAAAUUGGGAAUCUUUCUGGGCAGCUUCUCUUUAUUGUAUAAGUCUGUCUCUUGCUUACUAAGGCGCACUUUUGGUAAAGAUGAUCCACUUUUUGCUAUACCAGCUGGUCUUAUAGGCAGUAUAGCCUUUACACAAUAUCCCGACGUCACAGUUGCGUUAUAUGUUAUGUGGAAAACGUUACAAAUCGUUUAUAAUUACGGAAUUGAGAAAAAGGUUCUCCCUAAAGUACCUGGAUUUAAAAUAUUAUUAUAUUCUUUCUGCACUGCUGUACUAUUUCAUGCCGGCGUAUUAGAACCUAAGAAUCUGCGUUCAAGCUACUUUAAAUUCUUACAAGCUAUAUCUGGAGAGAGACUUAGUAACUUCAAUCUGGCACCAUUUGACGUUUACGGAAAUAACUCACAUCAAAAUGCGAGGGAGGUCAUCAAGAAUUUAAACAUUGUUACCAAAUCGAAUUUACCAAAAUUCGCCAUGACCUCAUAAAAAAUAUCUAGGGGCUACUUUAGCUCUAAACGAAAUUAACUUAGUUAAAUUAACUACAUAAUAUAAAGUAAAUAUUAAAUUUUUUGUAUUAAUGUAUUUGUACAUAAUUAAUUGCGUUAAUAUGUAAUCUUUGCACUUGGACGAAAUUAGAGUUGAAUUUUGCAAAAAUUGGGUUUAUGGGGAUUAAAGGUUUAUGGACCGUAGAACUAUGUUAUUAACUAUGUACGUACAUAGUUAAUAUGGUUUAGAAAGUAAAUAUUUGCAUACGAUAUAUAAAAGUAUGUUCCUUUAUAUGGAUUGUUUAUAUUUGUCCAUG